AUGGACAGGGUGACCAAUUUCUUGGGGGCGCGGCGGGACACGACAACGACAACGACGACGACGAGCCUCUCUGAGUCCUGCGGCAGCCUAUACAACUUCCUUUUGCCCAGGUUCUGGCGUCCUGUGAGUCAACCGGAUGAUUGUGAUGCUGCCUUCACUAACGCAACCUCAGAGCGACGUCUUCAUUGUCCUGAGAGGGUACUGGUCGUGAUGUGUGGUGAUGGUGAUCCAUAUUCGAUUUCGGAUGAUGGUUCCUCUCCCUCCACCAACACAACCUCGACGCCGAUCGAUGGUGGUGCAGCACCGGCCCCAGGACCAGCACGCUCUCCGGAUCCUCAUGCUCCCAGUACCCUGGAAACCAUGCUACAUGAUGAGAGCUCGAGGCCGCACCACAUACCGCUGCAAGAGUUAAAGGAGACCACGGAUAACUUCUCCAUCGAGCGGAUACUUGGCCAAGGUGGUUUCAGCGUGGUAUACAAGGGAGUGCUGCCGAAUGGGGAAAUGAUCGCCGUGAAGAGGAUCGCAUCGUCGCUAAUUCCAGGCCUGCAGAAACAAUUCGAGCGUGAGGUUUACCAUCUUAUGGUGCUGAAGCACCCAAAUAUUGUGCGGUGCGUAGGCUACUGCUACGAGACACAUAAUGCAUGUUUGGAGUACAACGGGAAAUACGUUUUCGCAGAGACAGCAAAGAGAUUACUCUGCUUGGAAUAUAUGCCCAAAGGAAGUCUCAAUAAGUAUCUGUCAGAUGAAUCUUCUGGACUUGAUUGGAGCACACGCUACAAUAUAAUUGAGGGGAUUUGCUACGGUUUGUGUCAUCUUCACGAGCAAAUGGAUAAGCCUAUUCUUCACCUUGAUCUAAAACCUGCCAACAUAUUGCUCGAUGACGGUAUGCUCCCAAAAAUUACAGACUUUGGUCUAUCAAGACUACUUGAUCAAAAACAAAGUAUUUGCACUUCAUCUCGGGAUGGAACAUUUGGUUACAUGGCGCCAGAAUUUUUAAAUGGAGGUAAAAUUACACCAAAAUCAGAUAUAUUCAGUUUGGGUGUAAUUAUCUUGGAGGUAGUAACAGGACACAGGGACUACCCGGACGUUACUAGAACUGCUUCAGAUGAAUUUAUCGAGCUUACUAUUAGAAAAUGGAGAAAUGUGUUACAGAGAACGCCGGGGUACUGGUCGCUAAGAAUAGAUUGCCAACAAAUAAAGAGGUGCCUCCAGGUAGGCCUAAUCUGUGUGAAUCCUGAACGCACCAAGAGGCCUCCGGUAGCGAAGGUUAUCAGUAUGCUUCGAGGAUUGGAAUGUAUUGAUUAUAGCAUUUUGGAAUGA